UCUACGUAUAAUUUGUCAUGCCAGUAGCCGGAUACUCGGCAUGUGUAGUGAUGUGUAAACCAAUUCUUAGAACUAAAUUGAAAUAGCAGGCAUUUGUUGAAUAUACCUAGCGAUAAUGUCGUUACAACAGCCUGCUCCAGAGGAUGCUCUUGAAGAUAAAGGACGAUUCUUUAUAGAACCUGAUCAAGAACACGACUGGAACAAGGAGGACAAUGUUCAUUACACACUUAUUUUACAGAAAGCCGAUACUCUGGCAUCGGAAAAUCGUCUUAAAGAAGCCAUUGAUGUGUUCUCAAUGGCCUUGAGGUGUGGUGCUGUACGUCCGGGACAGUUAGAUACUUUAGUGGAUUGUAUCCUGCGCAACUUCAAGAAAAAGAUAGAGGAGAAUGAAACUAUUUCGGAACGGAGGAAAGACGGGCCCGACUACACCCGGGGGAUAUUUGAUUGUCCAAGUUGUCACAGUUUUUUAGGUGAACCUGUGACAAUAGGCUGUGGACAUUCAUAUUGCAAAAGAUGUUUACAACACGACCUUCUGUCUAAAUGCAAGCUUUGUAGCGAGACCGUCAGAGGCAGGCCUGGUAACGUCAAGAUAAAUGUGAUUCUAUCCGGACUAUUGGAUAAGUGGUUCCCCAACGACCUGAAAAGAUCUAAAGCUAUAAAUGAAAUUGAAGACUUUUGUAGAAGAAAAGACUUCGAGAAGGCAGUGUCACUUGCUACGACUGUGAUACAAGAUGACCCGGGGGAUGUGGUGGCGAGGUGGUUGCGGGCUGAGGCCUACUCAGGGUUGAAACAGUACCACCAGGCUCUGGAGGACACUGACCUUUGUCUUGACACCGCCAACUCUGCACAGGGCUAUUAUCAGAAGGCCAAGGUGCUCCAGCAGAUGGACCAGGUGGAUGAGUCCCUCCAGGUCUUCCUCCACUGCCUGGCCCUGGAUGAGGGAUUCCCCAGGGCCAAGAGGGAGGUGGAACUGAUACUGUUGGGCCUGCUGUCUCCGGGUGGGGAGAACGUCAAGGUGGGCCUGAGGGAGACUGCCUCCAACACCUCGCCUCACUUGCGCAGUAAAACACCGGUGGCCGAUGCACAGUCCCAACAUCAACACCAGCCCCCAGGUCAACACCAGCACCACCCCCACCAGGGCCGGGCCACCUCGGCCCACUCCGACUGUGAUGCACAGGAGAAGCCGGGUCGCUCCGAGAGCCUGGAGCGCCCAGGACUAAGCCGCGCCCACUCGCUGCGAGGCCACGGGCCGGGUGGCGGGGAGGGGCUGAAGCGGGUGUGCUCCGCCCCCCAGCUGGGGGACCAGGAGAAGGGGGCGCUGCUGCUGAAGAGAAAGCUGUCCACCUCAGACUCAACCCCCUGGGUGAUGUCCCACGGACGCAGCAAGCACAAAAAACAAGUGCCGGGCGUAGUCACAGGGCACCCCAUUGCUGCUGCCACCCCCCGCAGCCCGAGGACCCUCCCCCGAGACUUACUGGACACCAACGACUUGGAGUGUUCCCUCUGCAUGAGGCUGUUCUAUGAGCCUGUCACCACACCCUGCGGACACACCUUCUGUAAGAACUGUCUGGAGCGCUGCCUGGACCACACACCCCAGUGCCCCCUCUGCAAAGAGAGCCUGAAAGAGUACCUGGCAACCAGGAAGUACAAUGUGACCAGUGUUCUGGAUGAGCUGAUCCAGCAGUACCUGAGGGAGGAGCACUCCGAGAGACAGAAAAUCCACCUGGAGGAGACCCGGGAGCUCUCUGAUCUGACUAAGAAUGUCCCCGUCUUUGUGUGUACCAUGGCCUACCCCACUGUGCCUUGCCCUCUGCACGUCUUUGAGCCACGCUAUCGACUCAUGAUUCGUCGCUGCAUGGACACAGGCACACGCCAGUUUGGGAUGUGCAUCAAUGACGCCCAGAAAGGGUUUGUGGACUACGGCUGCAUGCUGAUCAUCCGUAGCGUGCACUUCCUGCCUGAUGGGCGCUCGGUAGUGGAUACCAUUGGUGGCAAGCGGUUCCGGGUUUUGUCCCGGAGCCUGAAGGAUGGCUACAGCAUCGCUGACAUUCAGUACCUCGAGGACACCAAGGUGGACGAUGCUGAGGAGCUGUCCAAGCUGCAGGAGCUGCAUGACUCUGUGUAUGAACAGGCCCGCUCCUGGUUCCAGAACCUCAAGAACCGCUUCCGGAACCAGAUCCUGCAGCACUUUGGGCCCAUGCCAGAGAGAGAACCUGACAUCCAGGCGACACCAAACGGCCCUGCCUGCUGUUGGUGGCUCCUGGCCGUGCUGCCUAUUGACCCUCGCUACCAGCUCUCUGUUCUCUCCAUGACCACGCUGAGAGACCGCCUGGUCAAGAUCCAGCACAUCCUCACCUACCUGCAGAGCAUCCCCAACGAGUAGAGCUUCUGGCUGACCUCUGACUCUCCCGCCUCAACCUGCCCGUCAACCUUCCCGCAGACCUCUGGAUUCUACCCAGACAAAAUGUUCUCUCGUCUAUACUCUACCUGCCCUUAAACUCCCACCCUGGCAUCCAGCUGCUCUGGACAUGUCCCCAUGAUAUCUCACCAACAGGUUGUUAGCGUGACAAUGUCACGACCAUCUCCAUGAUCACGGCAGGGACACCA